AUGGAGAACGCCACGUUCCAACUCUCCUUGAACUCCAGCGCCAACUCCUCGAGCCCCGACUGCAGCAGCGAAGACAACACCUACAAGUGCAAAUUCGACGAGGACUUCAAGUACAUCCUCCUCCCCGUCUCCUACGGCAUCGUCUUCAUUUUGGGCCUCUGCCUCAACCUGCUGGCGCUCUACGUCUUCCUCUUCAGGAUCAAGACCUGGAAUGCCUGCACGACGUACAUGUUCAACUUGGCGGUGUCCGACACCCUCUACGUCAUCUCCCUGCCCCUCCUGGUGUACUACUACUCCGUCGGGGACAAUUGGCCCUUCAGCGUGGCCCUGUGCAAGAUCGUCCGCUUCCUCUUCUACACGAACCUCUACUGCAGCAUCCUCUUCCUGCUGUGUAUCAGCGGCCAUCGGUUCAUGGGGGUCUGCCUCCCGCUGAAGUCCCUGGAGUGGGGCCAAGUGCGCUAUGCCCGCUGGGUGUCGGGCAUCGUCUGGCUGGUGGUCAUCGCUUGCCAGUCCCCGGUGCUCUUUUUCGUCACCACCAGUGCGCGGUGCGACGCCAUCACGUGCCACGACACGUCGGCCAAAGAACUCUUCGGCCAGUUCGUCGUCUACAGCACGGUGAUGCUGGUCCUGAUGUUCUGCAUACCCUUCCUGUUCAUCAUCGUCUGUUACUGCCUCAUGGCCCGCACGCUGCUCCAGCCGACCCGCGGCACCACCCGCAUGUCCAGCUCGAAGAAGAAGUCGGUCAAGAUGAUCGUCAUCGUCCUGGUGGUCUUCAUCGUCUGCUUCCUGCCGUUCCACGUCACGCGCACACUGUACUACUAUUUUCGCAGCUGGGACCUGAGCUGCGAGACCCUCAACGCCAUCAACUUGGCGUACAAGGUCACCCGGCCGCUGGCCAGCACCAACAGCUGCCUGGACCCCAUCUUGUACUUCCUGGCAGGGCAGAGGUUUGUGAAAUUUGCCUGCCCCAAAACGCCGGCCAGGGGGGGGGACCCGGCGGCCACGGACAGCACGCCCAACUGUCACACGCGGGCCAAAAACGCUCUCGCAAUGAAGGCCAAAAGCCUGGUGUCCUAGCCGGUUACAUUUCCGACUUCAAUGGACUCGCCAAGUGUUACCUAUCUACAAUGGUAGAGGUUCUAUACUGCACCGGAGGGGGUUAUGUAUGCAACUCCCGAGACAAGGAAAGUGUGCUUUCUUCAAACCUUUGCCGUGGUACAACAGGGAUGUACGUGUGUCCACAUCACCUUGUAGUGGGUUUUUUUUGGAAGCUAUGUUCUGUGAAGUAUGUCUGCAUAAAACUCAGUCGCAAGGCAGAAUGUCCAUUUUUCAGCAGGGGGUUACUGAGAAGCUGGGGAAAACAAGGAUAUCGGUGCAAUGGGAAAGGAUGUCGUACGUUGGACGGGGUGUUGAAUUGAGACCCAAAGUCCCCCGAACAGCCAAAGUAGAAUAGAGGUUGCAAAGAUCCCUGGCCGGACCUCCCGAAUGGUUAAAAUAGAAACGGCAACUGGGCGGUGCACUAAUUGUGAUGGGGGUGGUGGUAAUUCUUCCACUUCCGAGGGCCGUUUGAUUGUAGUUAGGAUCCUGAGGUAGGACUAAGGUUGCCAACUCCAGGUGGGGAAAUUCCUGUCGAUUUGGGGACGUUGGA